AUGUUCUAUGAAGACGAGACGGCCACUAGCUGGUUUCUCAUACUUUCGAAUAUUCUCUGGGUAAUCGAGACGACACUGGCUGGGAUAGCUUCAUACUUUCUAUUGGCGUAUAAGAAAGCCAGCGCGCCGAUGUAUCGGAAUUUGCAGCUGAACAUAAUACUCGGCUUUCAGCUUGUCGCCACGAUGAAUCUUCUUGGCAAGCCGAUUCUGUUGCAAGGGGAUAUCGGAUAUAUUUUGUUGAAUCCAUUAAGCUAUACCCCACUUUGGGCCAUGGUCGUGACUGUACUUUACCUCACCGGCCUAUUCUACGCUUGCGGUUGCAUGGCCGCCCUCGGCAUCCACAAAAUUGAGAUAACACACCAGGACUUCAAAGUGGGCAAGACGAUACGAUGGCUGGUGCACCUUUUAUUUAUGCUGCUGAUUAUCGUUGGCUACUACGUAUAUUGGAGCGGUUAUUACGACGAGAUGUAUACAUUUGAUACCUUGAAUGUAGUGGGGUCAAUGGUGCCGUUCUUUAUCGCGUUUCACUCGAUUUUCAACUGCUCGUUCGCCAUAUUCUUAUGCAAGACGUACCGAAGGGUAAUUACUCGGAUGGUGCUGCGAUUUUUCCGUGUUGACGUUGGCUCCCAGGCGCCGCUAUUCAUGGCCAUCCACUCCAUUUUCAACUGUCUUUUCGUCAUCUUUCUCUGCAAGGCCUAUCGGAAAGCAUUGUCUGACUGGCUUUCAUGGCUGCUUAGAAGUCAAAACGCAAAAUUGCGGCGCCUGAUGCUUCCAACGUCACUGCCG